GGCCCCCCCGCCGCCCUUGCGCGCGGCAGUCUGGCCGCGCGGCGGGCCGCCCCCCCUCCCCUGGGGCGGGGCGGGCGGGCGGGGCGCCGCGGCCGCGCGGCGGAGAGGCGCGGCCGCGCCCGCCGCCCCCGGCGGGGCCCGCGCCGAGCCCCAGGCCCCCAAGAGCCCUGGCCAUGAACCGGCAGCGGCCGCUCACCAAGGAGCGCCUGUGGGGCAUGGGCUUCGUCCUGGCCGUUCUCGUCGUUGUCUUUGGCAUCCACUCCGCGUUCCUCCUGGUCUGGUGGCCGCGGCUGCAGUCGUGCUGGCCCCUGGCAAUGCUCCUCGUGUACCAUGUGUUAUUCCUGAACCUGCUACUGGCAUUCUACCAGUGCGUGAUGACGGACCCGGGCGUGGUACCGUCCAAUUGGGGCUUCUACAUGGGGGACGAGACGAAGCGACGGAGGUACUGCAAGAUGUGCAACGUGUGGAAGCCCGACCGCACGCACCACUGCGGCGUGUGCAACCGCUGCGUGCUGGACGGUCCGACAUGGAUCACCACUGCCCGUGGAUCAACAACUGCGUCGGUUUCUAUCCAGGGGGGUUCUUCAUCCAGCUGCUGGUCUACGUGUACCUCACGCUGUGGAUGGUCAUCCUAUUCUCGGUGCAGCCACAGUACUGCGACGUCCUGAGACUGACCAGGACGUGGAACGACAGCAGCCGCGAGCAGGACGCAUGGGCGGCGGUCAGGACGGCCAUCGUCGGGGUGGCGUUCGGCAUGUCUGUUUUGUUGGUUUGCACGUUGACCAAUUUCAUCAAGUUUCACAUGAAGUUGGCUCUGGAUAACGUGACGACCAUCGAGAAUCUUGAGCGCGAAGAGGAUCCUGAUACGAAUAGCAUGUCUAAGGGGCUGAAGAGGAGUCAUGUGUGUUUGCGUCCGGCCCAUAUCAUCCGUCUGUUUCGAUCGUUUUCCAUUGGCCUCCGCCCUGCGUGUCAGCCGGUCAUGCAGGUGCUUCGCCGGUGCGCAGUGCACCUGAAGGAACGUCUUGCCCGCUGUGUUUUCGUGGUCUUUGUUGCUGUUUUCUGGUGGGUUGUCCCAGUGGUUCUCCUGUGAUUGUCUCGUGGGUUGUCCCGUUGCUAUCUUCUGUGUUGCCAUACUGGUUGUCCCGUAGGUUGUCCCGUGGGUUGUCCCGCGGUUUUCUUGCUGUUGGGUGGGU